GCCCAACACCAGCGCCGCUGCUUCACCAUGAGGGACCCGAUCUUGUAAUGAUGUCGAACUCGGUGGCCUCCUAUGACCAGCUGGUGCGGCAGGUGGAAGAUCUCCGCAAGGAGAACUCCCACCUGCGCCGUGAGCUGGAGGACAACUCGCACCACCUGUCCAAGCUGGAGAAUGAGACCUCCGACAUGAAGGAGGUCCUAAAGCAGCUGCAGAGUAAACUGGAGCAAGAGGCCUGCACUCUCGCCUCUUCGGGGAGAACUGAUGUGCUUGACCAGCUCAAAGAGUUGCACAUGGACUUGACCAACUAUUACGAGCUCAAGUAUCAGCCUCACAACCUGCGUGCAUUUCCUGAGACCAUGGGCAGUCAAGCAGGCGAUGUGGAGGACAGGACGGCUUUGCCUCCAGCCAGCAUCAGCAGAGCAAGGAGCCCUGUCUGCUUAUCAUCCCGACAGAGCUCCUCUGUGUCUGGAGAGGGCACAGCCGUACACCCUGGACAUGUCCACCAAGCCAUGAUGGGAGAGGGUCGUGUCACUGCCCAGCAUCUAGAGGAACUCUGCAAGGAGAGGACAAUGCUGCUGAGCGAAAUAGAAAAAGAGGAGAGAGAGCGCCAUUGGUAUUAUUCUCAGCUGCAGGGACUUUCACAGAGGCUGGCAGAGCUGCCCCGCAUUGACACAUUCUCCAUACAAAUGGACCUUAUUCGCCAGCAGUUAGAAUUUGAGGCCCAGCAGCUGCGUUCAGUCAUGGAGGAACGUUUUGGUACCAGUGAUGAAAUGGUCCAGAGAACGCAGAUACGCGUAGCUCGUCUGGAGCAGUUGGAGAAAGAGCUGCAGGAGGCUCAGGGUUCUCGUGGCCCACAGGAGAAGAACACUCAGUCAGAGAGUCAGAGUGUUGACUGCCUCUCCAAAGUGUCCAACCCUGAGCUGGACAAUGGAGCUUCCACUAGCUCUAUGAUGGAGGCCCCUGGAGAAGCAGGGAGCAAGGUGGAGAUGGUGUUCUGGCUGCUGUCUAUGCUGGCCUCCAGAGAUCGGGAAGAGAUGUCCCGCACCUUGUUAGCUAUGUCCAGCUCACAGGAAAGCUGUAUUGCAAUGCGCAAAUCAGGCUGUGUCCCCUUGUUGGUGCAAAUACUGCAUGACGGAGGCUCCGGAGAGACCACUGGAGCCGCAGGCUGCAGCCGUGAGGCUCGAUCACGAGCUAGUGCGGCUCUGCACAACAUUGUGUACUCACAGCCUGAUGAAGGUCAAGCACGACGUGAGAUGAGAGUGCUACAUGUGCUGGAACAGAUCCGCUCACAUUGCGAGAAUGGCUGGGACUGGAUUGAGAACCACCUCGGAACCCCAUCACCUGGUGGUGCUAAGAAUGGAAUUCCAGAGCCAGUAGAUCCUCAGAUUUGCCAGGCCACGUGUGCUAUAAUGAAGCUUUCCUUUGAAGAGGAGUACCGAAGGGCCAUGAAUGAACUUGGGGGUCUUCAGGCCAUUGCAGAGCUAAUGCAGUUGGAACAGGAGCUGUAUGGCAUGCAAAAUGAGCCUAUGAAUAUGGCCCUGCGAAGAUAUGCUGGGAUGGCACUCACUAACCUCACAUACGGUGAUGUUGUGAAUAAGGCCACACUUUGCUCAAAGAAAAGCUGCCUUCAAGCCAUUGUUGCCCAGCUUGCAUCUGAUAAUGAGGAAUUACAUCAGGUUGUCUCAAGUAUUCUUAGGAAUCUUUCAUGGCGGGCUGACAUCAACAGUAAGAGAGCUCUUCGUGAUGUUGGCAGUGUAUCAGCACUAAUGACCUGUGCACUCCAAGCUACAAAGGAAUCCACCUUAAAAAGUGUGCUGAGUGCUUUAUGGAAUUUAUCAGCACAUAGCACUGAGAAUAAGGUGUCGAUUUGCUCUGUUGAUGGUGCUCUUGGGUUUUUGGUCAGUACCCUUACCUACCGGUGCCAAACCAACUCGCUGGCAAUCAUUGAGAGCGGUGGAGGUAUUCUCCGCAAUGUGUCCAGCCUUGUAGCUACCAGAGAAGAUUACAGACAAAUCCUCAGGGAUCACAACUGCCUCCAGACUUUGUUACAGCACCUGCGAUCUCACAGUCUAACCAUUGUAAGCAAUGCAUGUGGAACCCUGUGGAAUCUGUCCGCUCGAAGUCCAAAGGACCAAGAAUUACUGUGGGACCUAGGAGCUGUGAGCAUGCUUCGUAAUCUCAUCCAUUCAAAGCACAAAAUGAUAGCCAUGGGAAGCGCUGCAGCUCUGAGAAACCUCCUCACAAAUCGUCCUCUCAAAUAUAAAGAUACUGCUGUUGUAUCUCCAGGCUCCUGCAUGCCUUCACUCUAUAUGAGGAAGCAAAAAGCAUUGGAGGCUGAGCUAGAUGCAAAACACCUGGCAGAAACAUUUGAUUCAAUUGAGAAGCAAAGCCCCAAGCAUUUGAAUAUUAACAAGCCACUACGACACAUAGAGAGUUUAGCGAAGGACUAUGCCUCAGACUCUGGAUGUUUUGAUGAUGAUGAGGCCCCAAAUGUUUCAAGUAGCUUAGACACUGGGACUUUCUCUAUGCUCUCUAUGUUCUUGAACAAUUCCAACUUCCUUCAAAAUCAGCCUCGCAAGAGAGAAAAUGAGCCUGAGCAAGAUGUGGGGCCAUUACAAACAGAUGAUAAAAAGACACAACCUCCUGAAGAUGAGGUGACUGUUGCAGCUGAAAAGUUAGCAAAAAAGAUUACUAACACUGUGGCUAAAAUUGACAAACUGGUGGAAGAUAUUACCAUGCACACAUCUUCAGAGGACAGCUUCAGUCUCAGUUCUGAGGAUCAUUUUGCAGAUUGGAAUUAUGGGCCUGAUGAUCUCCGUGAGGCACGAGCUAAGUCGUGUUCCCCUUGCGGUCUUUCUGAUAUCAACUCCUUUUCACACAAAGAGCGCUUCAGCAGAGCUCAUGCCCUAAUGCGACUUAAAACAGCCAACUCAAGUUUGUCCAAUGACAGCCUUAACAGUGGUAGCAUCAGUGAUGGCUACUGUGGGAGUAAGGACCAGAUACGCUCUUCCAUGAGGCCAGCAGAACAAAAACGACCAAACAAGCUUGAUCUUAAGGUAGCUCAUGAGGAACUGCUAAAGAGCAGUACCAGUGUUUCCAAAUUAAUUUGUCAGAAUGAGAUACCUGAGAGAGAUUCAGAGACAGCGAAAGAUCUGAAAUUACCUGAUCAAGGUAGCACAGAUGAAGAAAAGGGUCAAGAACCUCUUAUUGCAACACCAGCAACUGUGUCAACCAGGGUAUCUUCUGAUACCAGCAUACCUACCAUUAAGCUCUCUCCCUCAUAUCAGCAUGUUCCACUGAUCCAGAGUGUUGCCCGGUUUGGUGUUGCAAAGACUGCUAUUAAUGUUCAGGCAGCUCAGGCAAUGAGAAGACAAGCCUGGGUCCCAACUGUAUUGACUGGCGGAAGUAUUAGCAAGUUCUCCCCGGUAUGCUCUACGAGAAGCCCAACAAUAGGCCAGCUGGAGACACCACAGAAGUAUUCAGUGGAGAACACACCGAUCUGUUUCUCACGCUGCAGCUCUUUGUCCUCCCUUUCUUCUGGUGAUGGAGCCCUAGAUGGACAGAGUCAAAGCGAAAAUGAGCUGGAGAGUGACUCAUCUCUGGAAAUUAUUGAAGUGGAAGAUGGUGAUGUAGUGAAGAAGGAGGAAGAGGACGAGACACUAGAGGAUUUGAGUGAUAGCCAGUUGCUUAUGACUGACCAGAAAACAUGUCCCACGAGCAGCAGUACUUCUGACCCCAUUCAGAUUCCCUGCACACUGAGACAUGAAAAGACAUUCCUUAGAGCGACAUCACCAGUUAUAAAUGAGGACAGGACCCCAUCCAGUUCCUCAGACAACUACAUUCAUGAGACACCACUUGUGAUGAGCCGCUGUAGCUCUGUAAGUUCACUGGGUAGCUUUGAGUCCCCUUCAAUUGCUAGUUCUAUUCAGAGUGAUCCUUGUAGCGAAAUGAUCAGUGGAACCGUUAGCCCGAGUGAUCUCCCAGACAGCCCAGGCCAAACCAUGCCCCCAAGUCGCAGUAAAACUCCAUGCUGUGCUGAAUCAAGUGGACCAGAGCAGCAAAAUCUUGGUGGUGUUGCAGGCCAGUGGGAAAACAGCUUGCGGAAGUUUAUGGAAAUUGCAGACUUUAAGGAAAGGUUCAACUUGCCUCCAGACUUGGACACAAUGAUCUACUUCACUGUUGAAAAACCAAUUGAGAAUUUCUCUUGUGCCUCUAGUCUGAGCGCCCUACCUCUGCAUGAGCACUAUGUUCAGAAGGAUGUGGAGCUCAAGCUUACUCCAUUGCUAAAUCAGCAAGACAAUGACCCAGUAUAUGCUGGACAGAGAGAUCCUGAUGAUCCAUCACAUAUGGAUCAAGAUCAGUACAGUGAGGGCAACUCUGAUGAUGACAUUGAAAUUCUCAAAGAGUGCAUCAAUUCAGCCAUGCCUUCUAGGUUUAAGAAAGUAAGACCCACUUUGAUGUCUACCCUCUCAAACCAAGUUUUAAACACCCAGGCUCGAAGAUCUGUGCAGUUACCAGUAUACAUGGUGCUCCAGAAUAAUAACAAUCAGAUGUGCUCUGGCCGAAAGGUUGGAAUGUGCGUGAAAGAUAUUCAUUGUGAUGAUUCUUCCUACACUGAUUCUGCUGAAGGUACUCCGAUUUAUUUCUCAAGUACCACUUCCUUAAGUGAUGAGACUCUUCAAUACCCGGUCAAGAUGAAAGGGUCAAAAGACUGGCGGUCCAGAAACAAAGAAACACAGGAACUUAUUGAUAUAGAGGCAAAGAGAAUUGAAGAACUACGCCUCUUCUCUCGCUUCCACAAAUCGAGUAAAAUGGCUUGUCAGUCUGACAUAGUAACAAACCAAAUGAACAAAACAGUGAAGCAAAUGACUCCUACUCAAAGGUUACUCAUGCAAAGUAAGGAGAUGGCAGCUAGAAUGACUCAGCAAAGAGUCCAGAGCCAAUCCCCAGUCCGACAAGUACAAAAGCAAGGACAAAACCUGUCACAAAGCAUGCCACAUUUAGAUUUUACAGUCAGAAAGCAAGGUGCAGACGUGUAUCAAAAUAAGAAGACAUAUUCCAGAAGUAAUACACAGGAAAACGCAGCUUUUCAGUCAAUGCGCCACCCCACGCCCACAGGGGACACCAUCUACUGCUUAUAUGACAAUGAAAUGGAUAAAGACGAUGGAGUGAUGGCAAGGGCAAGGAACAGACAGAAACAGUUGAAUGAUACAAGUAAAAAUAACAUAGGUCCCAACUAUGCGAUUCCAAAAGGUCGUAUAGACAAUUUCCAGAGGAAUGGGUUUCACAGAAUCAAGCAAAAUCUAAUUUUGGAAGAAGCUCCCCCAUGUUACUCUCUUAGCUCAUCUCUGAGCUCUUUGAGCGAUGCAGAGUUUGAGGAACAAGUAGGGAAAGCUCAGCGAGUAUGGUUGAGAAAUAAACAUAAUUUGAUGUCCAAUUCAGUUCAGUGUCCUCCAAAAGCCCAACAUGCCCAAAAUCAAUUUGAAGAUAACAGCUCACCAAGUUCAGUGAGCAUGGACUCUGAGGACGAUCUUUUAUUAAAAUGUAUAACAUCUGCAAUGCCAAAGCAAAAGAAAAAACAAUCCAACAGAAAAAGGAAGGGAGAGAAGAAACAAAAACAGAAAACUGUUGUUCAGAAGGACUCUGAAGACUGGGGCCCUGAAGAUGGUCUGGGCAGUGAUGACAUGGCAUCUGAUAAAGAUUCUGAUCUCAACAGUGUUGAAUGGAGGGCAAUACAAGAGGGAGCGAACACAAUAAUUACAAAGUUGCAAGCUUCAAAGUCCCAGGAACCAUCAUCAGAAUCAGAAUCUGUUCUUUCAUUUAUGUCUGGAUCAAGCUUCACCCCAAAACCUGACGUCAAUGACAAGAAGAAGGUAAUCAAAGAUAACAAAAAGGCCAAUAAGCCACUUGAUUUUGCCCCACGUAAACCGGUUCCAAACUUGCCUGUAGUUUUCAGAGGCAGAACAGUCAUAUACAUGCCCAAGAAAGAGACAACACUUUCACAAAGACCACCAGCCAAGAAAGUGAGCCCCCAAACAGAUGCUCCAAAGAAUCCAAACUUAGCUCAACAUCGGUCUAGAAGCCUUCAUAGAUUGGGACUCAAUAACGAUUCUACUCAGCUGUCAUUGCCCAAGAGAAGCUCAACUCCUCCUGCCAGGAUCCCAAAGAGCUCAUCAUCAGGAUCAUCUCAAAGUUCAACCCCUUCCAGGCAGCCUUACAAAAAAGUAACCUCCCCUACCCAGACAGUAAAACAAAGUCCGAAAAUGGCAGCCUCAGCUCCAAGCAGUCCACCUGACAAGAAAGGAAGCGUCCCCACACCCAAUCAAAACCCAAGAUCUGCUACAGACAGCAAAACACAGAAAUCCCCUGUCAGGAUACCAUUCAUGCAGAACCCUUCAAGGCAGUCAAGAGCAAUUUCACCAUUAGUGACCAAUCAACCGACUAGUGUUACCAGACAAAAUAGUCAGUUAACGGGGAAAAGAAUCCUACCAGCCAAUCGACUGGAUUUAGUUCGUAUGACAUCUGCUCAUUCACGCAGUGGUGAAUCAGAUCGCAAUGGUUUCUUGAGACAACUAACUUUCAUCAAAGAAAGAUCAAAUGUCUCAAGACAAGACGUUCCUUGUUCCCGCUCAGUUCCUACAUCCAAGCAUGGAUCACCUCGAAGAGCAUGUCCAGGAGCCCCAGCAGUUUUUCUUUGUUCCUCUCGCUGCCAGGAGCUGAAGCCAGCAGUACAAGGGCCAAGAAGAUUGCAGGGGUCGCUAGGGCCAAGAAAUGGACAGGAUCAAGGCAUCCUCAAGCAGAAUAUGACUCUUUCAAGGGCAAAUUCCACUGACAGGGACCUCACAGUGAAACGUCCAGCCAGAAGAACAAGUUCAGAAAGUCCUUGCAGGAUGCCUCAGAGGAACGUACCUGAGCCAAAGCAACGCGAGAAGAGAGAAGACACUUUCAAAAGAUAUUCCUCCUCCCCAAGCAUAAACAUCUUGAGCCGUGUCACCAGCCGAUCCUCCCUACGCUCCUCGUCUUCAGACUCAAGUGGACGGGCUAAGAGUGAAAAGGACUUGAAACAGAGGCAGGGCCGAAUUGGAUCGCGAAACAAUAACAACAAAGUCACCUGGAGGAGGAUUCGUGAUGAAGAUGUUCCCCAGAUAUUAAAGAGCACUCUUCCAGCCACUGCUUUGCCUCUGGUGCCUUCCCCUGAAGGGCAAAAACCAGUGCCACCGCCACCAUCACUGCCAGGGAAACUGCCAACGAUUACACUGAUAUCACGUAAAACAAGUGACGCAACGGUGCAAACCGAGGACUUCUCAAAAAAUAAAACCAAUUCGAGCACCUCCCCAACAAUUGAGAAUGGCACAGUGAUUUCUGAGGAGGCAGCAAAGGUAGCUCUCCUCAGAAAGAUCAGCAUGCCCUCUGGGAAUAACUUGCAAGACGGAGAUUCUGAUGGAUCCCUCAAAAAUUACAGCACAGCUUCCACCUCAACCUUUCAAUCUGUGGAGAGCAGCCAUAGCGGAGGCAUAGGUCACUUCCGUCAUAGUUCUCCCAGCAAAGCUGUCAGAGUUACUCCGUUCAAUUACGUCCCCAGCCCGAUGGCUUGUUGCUCUCAAGAAACACAGAAUCAAGCACCAACAAUACCUGAGAAGACAGGUGAAAAACUUGAAGCUUAGUACCUAAAAUUGGUCACUGUUUCAAGCUUGACUUCUGUGUUCCUGAUGCUGUAAAAACUCAGGUGGUUUAGUGAGCAACAUUAAUCUACUUUACCUCGGACACUCAGUCUUGCGCUUGCCAUUUGCUUCAAAAAUUAUUUAUCUGACAAACAUUGUCUUCAUUGGCUAUGAAUUUCUAUCACUGAAAGUUGGAUGUGGACAAAUAGGCAUGAACUGUAGUAUCUCAUUGGAUUUAACCCGUUGUAUGGAACUUAUACACCAUUAAAGUGAAGCCGUCCCUUUUUUUAUAUUUUUGUACAGUUACAUACAUGAACCAUUGCUUGUUUUGUUUUGGUUUGGACACUUGAUCAUAUGAGAAAAGGAUUUCAAGUUCAAGUAGAGAGUUUAACACACAGCGUUCUUUAUGAACCACAGUGGACGACUACAUCCAGCUCUGUAUUCAUGACAAACAAUAUGCAAAUCACCCAAAUCAGAGACCUGAUUACUGGACAUUUCGGAAGAACACGUGCCACCUAAAACCUGAAAGACUGUUACAGUACAAAGAAGAAAACUUCACAUUUAUGCAUUAUGCACAGUAUUUCUUGUAUGUCAUUAUGCCACUGACACUGAUUAUAAAAGCCCUUAGCCUUCACUUUUAUUAUUGCAGGUAAAUACAUUUGUGGUAGGUCAGCCCAAGUCAGCACAGCGAGAACAUAAUAUAAUCCUUGUUGGUAUGUAGUGAUACUGUUGUAUAUAUUUACAAAGACUCUCUAAUGCUUCCCAGUAAGCAAAAAGUACUCCUAGCGCCGCUACUACUAGCAUGCUCAAUAUUCACCUCGUGUGCACAUCUAUGUGUUAUCGAUGUUGAAUAAUCCUGUCCCAUGAGGCAUAAGUAAUACAGAUGGAGGGAUCAUCUCUAAAUCUUUUGAAUAAAAAAAGAGAUGUACUUGUUAAUUGUUUAGCUGUAUGUAAUACACUUAGGUGGCUGUACAUAAUCUCUGCUUAUUGAAUGCUUUGAUAAUGUCAUUUUGUGUAUGAUCAGGUAUGGUUUAAUUCAUUAAGAGCAAGAAUAACACGUUAUUCUGUGGAUUAUUAGAGAGGAACAAUUUAAGAACUCACUGAUCAACUCAUCGAUGAAUAUCUGUUAAAAAUGCAUUGCAAUUCAAGCAGAUCCACGGUACAAAUUAUGUUGUGGCUUGAACGACCGUUGCCCAAGCAGACUGACACUAUAAAAAAAAAACAGCAUUAAACCUACUGUUCAGCUAUAUACAUGAUGAAAACAUGCUCCAUCAUUUAGCAAUUGGUAAGUGCAGUAUUUUCAGUCUUUAUGUAGCUAUUCUAUAGCUGGUUGAUUGGAAAGGGUCUCUGAAGAAUAACAACAAUACAUAAUGUGAACUUUCUCUGAAUGUAAAUGCUCAUGUUGAGAUGUUGAUGUUGCUGGCCCUCACGUCUUGAGCCCCCUAAAGCCCAAUGUAACAGUGGUUGUAAAAGCUUGGCCAGGUGGUACAACAGAAGCUUUCAACAAAGAAAUACAAUUUUUCUGUGAAGCUCUAGGACAGUGGUCACCAACCACUGUCUCCAACUCGUCCUGGAAGAUCUGCAUUCCUGCAGUUCUUGCUUUCCUGCGUUCUUCCACACCUGCUCCAGCGAAUUAACUUCUUGUGAAGUCUUUGAUUGGCUGGAUCAAAUGCGUUAGUGUUAGCUAAGAGGGGCAACAUGCUAACUGCAGGAAACUAGAUCUCAAGGAGGAGGGCUGGUGACCACUGCCCAAAGCUACAGAGCUCAGUGGCUGAUGAAAAUAAUAUGCAUAGUUUAUUGUUUUGAGUGUGACAGUUAAAUGUACCCAAAUCAGAAGUCUUUCUGCGAAAUCUGUAAGCACUCGAUAUCCCUUUAUUUCUGACUAGUCUGAGAGAUGCAGAAAUUAUGCACAGAUUCAUUUGUGAAAAUUUCCAAUUUGAACUCUUACUGUAUUUCACUAUGUAUAUGUAACACAUCGACAAGAACGUGCAUACUGGUGUACUUGUUUAUUUUCAUUGGAGAUUAAUGUCCAAAUCAAUGCGCCAGCACUAUACACUGAAAUGUUGAAGGGUUUUUUUUUGCUGGAUGCAAAUUGUGUUGGAAACCAACAGUAUUACCUAGUGAUGGCCAAGGGUUGAUUUCCAUAAUAAAUGUACUCAUGAAGCUUCA